AAAAUUGUAAUCUGACCACCCUGCUUUUAAAGUGGACUCGUUCAAAAUGGCAGCGACGAAAAGUUCCGAAUCGAGCGAAUCUCCACAAACUUUAGGUUCUUUAUUCCCACACCCGUCAGUCAGAGGCAGGAAAAAGCGUGUCAGCAAGAAGAACAAGUCUGCAUGGAGAAAGCAUAGCGAUAUCAAGGACAUAGAGGAUUUUCUAGAUGAUCAGAGGCUGCAACUAAGAACCGGUGGUCUUGUGGCAGAUAAGGCAGAUGACAGUCUAUUCUACGUUGACAAACAAAACGACAAUGAACUUGAAGCACCAGUGGCAAAGAAGAGGAAAAAAGAGCUGAAACCACUGAAAAUAGAUCAGAUCAUUGCCGGAGAGACAACUGUCAAACCUGUCACUGGGCAUGAUCCUCCUAUGGGAUCUGGUAAGGUCAGAAGGAAGGAGGCCAAAGCUAGAGAACUUGAGCAGAAGACAGGGUACAUCUCAAAGGAGAGGAGAAAGAAAUUAAAGCUGAACUCUGUACAGGCUGGGUUAAAAAGGCCGCAAGCAGUUAAGGAGUACUAUGACCUCUGGGGCAAUGAUGCAGAGGAAAAGGACACUGAGAAAGAGGAGGAUGAGCAUUAUGCUCAGGUGACUGGCAAGACAAGAGUUAAGGUGCCUGUAAGGACACAGACGCAUGCCAAGAACCCGUCCAUCCUACCCAAGGUGGAGGUGAUCCACCCUGGGGGGUCGUAUAACCCCACGUUUGAGGACCACCAGCAGCUGCUACAGCAGGCAGUACGCACGGAGAGUAAGAAGGUCAAGGCAGAGAAGAAGUUAGAAAGACAGGCUAGACUGCCACCAAAGAGAGAGUGGGCUACUCGUAGAGACAAAAUGAAGGAGUUAACUGAGGGUCUACUUGAGGAGGAGGAUGAAGAAGAUGAGGAUGAAGGGGAGGAACAGGAAGGGGACCAGUCUGUCCCCAAGGCCACCAUCAGGGCAGAAGACAAGAAAACCAGACAGAAGAGGAGAAAGGAGAAGGAACAAAGAGAGCAGGAGCAACAAAAGGUGGCAGACAAGACCAAGAAGGUCCAGGAGCAUGAAGUGAACAGGCUCAAGACUAUCAAGAAAGAGAUCAAUGCCUUAGAGAAGAAGAGGGAGGAAAGACAAAAGAAGAAAGCAGAAAUAAGAACUCAGAAUGCUGAUAAACCCAAGAGACUCGGCAGACACAAGUACGAGGAACCUUUCCCAGAAUUCAAGCUGAGUGAAGAGCUUGUCGGCACACUCAGGGAGUUUAAGCCUGAAGGAAGCGUUCUCAAAGAUCGCUUCAAAAGUCUGCAGCGAAGAAAUAUCUUAGAAACAAGAGUGAAGGCAAAGCGCCAGAAGAAGUACAAGAAGAAAUAUGUGGAAAAGAAGCAGUACAAAGAAAUCAGCAUCAAUGUCUAGCCAGAGAAUGAGGCCUCUUGUCUGCAAUAGUGUGAUUCUUCAUUCAAAUGAAGAAGAUCAUGGAUCCUGGAUUUCCAAAAGGAAGAGAAAGAACCUGUAUCAUUGUAAACGAGGAUACUGGAAGUAAAAGUUGUUUUAGUUUAACAAAGAGGAAGACGUAUACUUUUGGGUCUUCCUGUGAUUUUGAUUUUUAGAAAUGUAUGCUGUUACAUGUACAUGUAUUUCUGUUACAUGUACAUCUGAUUUAUUUACAUCAUAUUGCCAACUUCUGAACGUAGCCUUCACAAGAGGAAAAAGCAGGACAAACUAUACCAUUGCCACUUUUGCUUAUAUGGUUACAAUACAAAGCAUUGAGCAGAUUUAUUUUUAAGAUUUGACAGAAUCACAAGAUAAACCAUUCAGUUACAAAUGACCACACUUGAGCUAGCCAAUGAAACAAGACCAUAGUCAUUAAAGAAGCUCCAUUUACAUAUGCAUUACUGUAUAUUGGAAAAUUGUCAUUAUUCCCUAUGACUUGUGGUGGCUCUGGUAAACGAUUUGUUGAACAAAUCCCCAUUUCCUGUUCGCAGACGUUGGUGGGUACAUGUCAGGUGUUGGAUGUCCAUUGCUCUGCGAUGAUGACAUCAAUGGCGCCGCAGGUGUGCUUGUAGCCCAAAUGCUGAGGCGCAUGUUAGGUAUUAUAACACUUCUGACAUUUGUCAAGUGUCAUAGCUGGAUUCUAUACCUGUCACUCAAAUGUCAGGGGCUGACCCCAUGUAGACCCCUCCAAUACACAUAACAGGCAAUUUACCAAACAGAUGAAUAGAUACUUGAGAGAUGAGACAGCCAAUAUUUACCAUGGUACAAUGUAUCAAAAUAAGAUACACAGUGACGUGAUGGGCAAGUAAAACAAAGAACAGGAAGUAUUCUAUAGAUAGGUUUGUGUAGAUAUGAGAGGAAGGUAUACCUUGAGGAUAACCAAAAUGAUUGGUACAAUGAAGUUAACAGGAAAAAUGCCCAGCAUGACCAAUAAAAAGAUUUUACAAUUAUCCCA